GGGCCUUCAGCAGCCACUCCUGUCACGUGAAACAAAGGCUCCAGCAGCAGCAGCUCCCACCAGAAUUGAGGUCACCAUCCCAAUCCCCCUGGAUAUGUACCAAGGCUCCAGAGCAUCCGAAGGCAGCGGUGAGCUGUGGGAUCAGCGAGGCAGAGAAGGCAUUGGCGUGGAGCCAGAGCUGGGCCGUGAUGUGCUGGCAGGAGCAGGGGGCACAGGUGACCAUAAGGAUGGACCUCCUUUGUGUACCAAAACUCCAUUAAAGGAAGAUUCCAGUGGGCAGGAGAGGGACGAGGAUCGUGAUAUUGAUGAAACUUCUGAGCAGGAUUUGCUGUCCCUGGUGGGUCAGCAGGUUUCACCAGGACCUGAAGCAGGCUCGUGUCCAGCAACAGCCAAGGAGACUCUUGAAGAAUGUGAUAGAGAAGAGUCCAGAGAUGUCCCCAGAGACACCCCGAGAGAGGCACCUGUGGCUGAAACUCAGUCACAGAAAGCAGGAGAGGACCAAGAGGAGAAGCAGCAGCCACUGAGGGGUGAAGGAGGUACAGACAUCACCCCAUCAGAGCCACAGAAAGAAGCUGAACCUGGGGAGGGAGAAGAUUCUGGACCCUUGCUAGAAACAGCCAAACUCCCUUCUGAGUUAAAAGGUGAUGUGGAAGACAAAGCUGCUGAGGUUGUGCCAGACACGGGGGAGUGUCAGACGCCCCAGAAGCAGCCCUGUGCCCCGGCUGCAGACAAAGCCAGCCGUGUCCCUCUCCUCAAAGGUCGUGUUGACAAGGAAGGGACCGAAGCUGAUGAAAAGAAACCCAAGAAAUCCUCGCCUUCCACUGCCAAACCCCCAGGGGACAGACCCUCCAUCCCCCCCCACCGACACACCUCCUCUAGCACAGCCCCUUCGAAACCACCCUCCAGCCCUGCUCCUGCCUCUAAGCGAGUCCCUCCUGCCACACCCCGAGCUGCCAGUGCAGGAACGCCAGAAAUGAAAGCCAAGGGCCCGGAGAUGAGGGGUGGCACGAAGACGGGCACGCCGCGCUCGGGGCAGGCGCAGAGGAACUCCACCAACGCCACGCGCAUCCCGGCAAAGACCCCCACGGCCCCCAAGACCCCUCCCAGCUCCGGCAGAAAGGAGCAGAAAAAACCACCUCCUGCAGCAGCAAAGACUGAGAAAGGUGAGCAGCCAAAGUCUGGAGACAGAAGCGGUUACAGCAGUCCCGGCUCCCCCGGGACUCCAGGCAGCCGUUCCCGCACCCCCUCUCUGCCCACCCCACCAGCCAGGGAGCCCAAGAAGGUGGCAGUGGUUCGCACCCCACCGAAAUCUCCGGCGUCUGCCAAGACCCGCAUCCAGCCCUCGGCCGCGCCCAUGCCCGACCUGAAAAACGUCAAGUCCAAAAUCGGCUCCACUGAAAACCUGAAGCACCAGCCCGGAGGUGGCAAGGUGCAGAUUAUUAAUAAGAAGCUGGACUUUAGCAGCGUUCAAUCCAAGUGUGGCUCAAAGGAUAAUAUCAAACACAUCCCGGGCGGAGGCAGUGUUCAAAUCGUUUACAAGCCAGUCGACCUGAGCCAUGUGACAUCCAAAUGUGGUUCCCUGGGCAACAUCCACCACAAACCAGGUGGUGGCCAGGUGGAGGUGAAAUCUGAGAAACUGGACUUCAAAGAUAAGGUGCAAUCGAAAAUCGGGUCCUUAGAUAACAUCAGCCACGUCCCUGGAGGAGGGAAUAAAAAGAUUGAGACCCACAAGCUGACCUUCCGCGAGAACGCCAAAGCCAAGACCGACCACGGCGCCGAAAUCGUCUACAAGUCCCCCACCAUCUCCGGAGAUGCCUCCCCGCGCCGCCUUAGCAACGUCUCCUCCACCGGCAGCAUCAACCUGGUGGACUCCCCCCAGCUGGCCACGCUAGCCGACGAGGUGUCUGCCUCGCUGGCCAAGCAGGGCUUGUGAUCGGGGCACGACGGCGACCAGGAGAGAAGACAAGGAAAGGAAACAAAAAAAAAAAAAAAAAAAAAAAAAAAAAGAAAAGAAACAAAAAUAAUAAUCUGGCCUUCUUCCUCUGUUCCUUUUACAGCUGCUUCCCCGUCCCUAACUGGUUAAUGAUUUAACCUGCUUUUACUGUUCAUUCAGCUCUAGCUCCAGGACUUCAAAAUCAGUGACACUAUGAGGUACAAAACCUCCUCUCCCCCUGCUCCUCGGAGCGCACAGCCCGUCCCUGUCCCCACGCUCCCCCUCAUUCCCUGCCGCGUCCCUCGCUGUCCCAGCCCUGCCCGGGACCACCCGGGGAGGGGGCCCGAGGGGACGGCCCCCGCACGGCGCUGACCCGAGCACCCCACACCGGCACGGGGCAGCGGGUGGCCCUCAGGGAAGGGGCUGUGACCUUCCCACCCUCGCCCCCCUGAGGAUGGCCGGGCUGGCCUGAGGGCCGGGCGCGUCCUGGGUGCACAGCCAGGGACUGCGGGGAGGUGCCCUCCCUCCCUGCCUUAAAUUUGCCUGCUGAUUUGGAAGAAACCUUUUGUUUUUAUCUCCGAAAGCCGAGAUGUGUCUGAAGAUAACGGCCAGGUACCCCCCAACCCCGCUCUCAGCUCCGGCAGCUGGAGUACAGGCGACCCCGGGGUACCCGCUGCGGAGGGGCCCCGACGGCCGUUCCCCUCUCCGUGGCUGUGCUGGAACCGCUGAGUGGAUGAGUAGAGGCUUUUCCCCAUUCCUUUGGCAGCCCCUCGUGUCGUAGAGUAGAUUUGUCUGUAUAUGCUUGGACCGUGCCAGGGUGAUUGUUUUCAUAAACGAGCAUGUGUUUAAAAAAAAAAAAAAAAUAAUAAAUGCUGUAAGUAGUUUUGAGCUGCCCCGCGCCGGCUCCGCCGCAGCCCAGCCGGGGGGGUCCGGGCAGCUCGGCCGGGCUCUGGGUUGUGCCAGCCCCGGGUUGUGCCGGGGCAGCCCGGCACUGCAUGUCUGCCGGGUGGGAGGUGGGCACAGAGCCGCUGCCCCACGCCCCGGGGAGGGCCGGGGGCUGCCUUGGGCUCCCCGGGGCCGGGCACCUCCUCCCAGCCCCCCGGGGUGUUGGGUGAGGGGCACUCACAGCUCCAGGGCUGGGAUGGCUCCUGGAUUUUGGGUGCAGCUUGUGACAUUUUUGGGUUGUUCUCUUUCUUUCCCUGCAAGGUCAGCUCAGCGAUGGCGGAGGUGGCAGCUCCGUGGCCCUGCUGUGCCGGUGGCAGCCGUAGGAGACCCCCGGGAGGACGCGGGGAAGGCGCGAGGGAGGUGCAGCAGCUCCCCCAGCCUGAGCUCGGGGCCCAGCGGCUGCUCCCUGGCACUGAACCCCCUUUCCGGGCGCUCCCCGGGUUUGAGUUGGCAGCGUGUCACCCCUCCCAGUGUCCCCUCACGCAGCACUGACCGCCCCCGGCACCGCUCAGGGACAGGAGCCGCUUAUUUCUUUUGCUACUUUUGUUCCUGUGGCUCCCUGGGGAGCACGAGGGGGUCCUGUGGCCGUCCCCGACUGCCCCUUCCCUCUACAACCAAAGAGGCUGAGAUGCCACCAGUGCAGCUCUGUGUGUGUCCUCCCACCCUGUGUCCCCCAGAGGCACCAGCCGAGCUCCGGGGGCACAGCUGGCAGAGGUGAGGGCAGAGGGGGCACCGCGUGGGCCCCAGGCCGUGCACCCCAAGGGCUGUGCUGCAGGGAAAGCCACGCUUUCCCAGCAAGGGCCGGAAUCCUGGUCUGAUGGGGCUGGCAGAGGGUCAUGCUGGGGCGUGGGGCCCUGGUUGUCCUUGGGGAGGUGGCUGGGUGCCACCGAGGCUGCCAGAGCAGCUGUUCCCGGGCAGAGCAGCGAUUCCUCCCAGGACAGGACUCACUCCCACCCUGCAGGAGCUGCAGACCCGCCUUCGUGCGCCCUGUGCCUCGGGGGGCCGCUGGAUGCCUGGCUGGGGCUUGGGGAUGGCUGUUUCGGGGGGUUCAACCCUCCUCUCUGCAGCCCCAGGAGCUGCUUUACUGCUGGGGAGAGGCUGGUCCAGCAGCACCACCACGUCCAGCUCGUCUCUCUCCGUUCAGUUGACUCCAUGAUUGUAGCCGUGCUCUGUCCCCGACUCUGUAGCGCUGUAGGAGCCGCCGCGGUUUUUGUCCUCUGUAAAACGAGCAAGUGGGAGAACCCCGAAAGCAUCACCCCCUUUAUCCCUUUUGGGCUGCAGGACGGUGUAGCUGAGCUGGCCCACCCUGCCCCUGCCCUGUGCCACCCCAGCCCCUCUGUGCAGCACCCAGGGACAGGGACGCCCUUCGCGUGCGCCGAGCUCCAGUGAGCAGCCCCUUCCCGCUGCGAGUGUCCUCAGCCCCGUCUGCCGUCCCCCUCCCGGGGGCUGGGGGAGUCCCAGGACAGCCCUUUCCAUCCACCUCGUCGCCCGCUGUCCCCUCCACCAACCCGAGCCACGUCCCCAGCCCUGACCCUGCGUUCAGACCCAGGCCUGAGGGUCCCCGUGAGCAGCCUGACCCCCAGCUUUUCCUUUACUCCACACACAUCUUGGUCUGAAAAGGGUUAAAACCGGCACUGGUUAAAAAAAAAAUAAAAAAAAACAAACCUAUUUCUGCACUCCAAAAAGGAUCUGGUUGUUAGCGAAGGUCGGUGCCAGCCUGUGUGGCGUUGGCAGCUCCGUUGCCCCCGCGCUGCGCCGGGGCAGGGAGGGAAGGUUUGAUCUCAGUGUAUCAUUCUAGCUUAGCUUCUGUCUGUGGGUGUCCAUAGUGUAUCGUGUGUUUAACAACUGGUUUACACUGUUGCCGUAAAAGUGAAUUUGGAAAUAAAGUCAUUACUACGAUAACGACAA